AUGACGAAGCCGAACGGGACGCAAGGCAACCGGAAACGCUCACUCAGCAAGGCGACGAAGAGAACGGCCACCGAGGCGGAUGAACAGAGUCCCAAUAAGUCAACGGCAGUAGUCGAUAAGGACGACCUUCCGGCACGUCUGAAUGCGGUCGUAAGUCUCGACCAGGCCGAGGAGGGCAUCGGCGAGUUCGAGGAUGCUUGGGAGGACGAGUUCGAGGACGAAAUUGGCUCUGAGGGUCAUAGCGUUCACUUCAAUGCCGACGACGAUGACGACGACGACGAGAACGAGGACAUGGUGCCGGGUGAUGGAAAAGAAAUUGGAAAUGGCGAUGACGAUGAAGAGGAUGGAAGGGGCAAAAAUGGCUCUCGAUCUGCGUCUCCACAGCCAUACUUACCACAUAUCCACGGAAGCAAAUUAGCAGAAGACGAGGAACUAGUUGCGGAUCCGACGGCUUACAAAAUGUUGCAUAGCUUAUCACUCACAUGGCCAGCGCUUUCUUUUGAUGUGCUUCGGGAUGACCUCGGCGAGCAACGGAGUCGGAUGCCCCAUUCGGCGUGCAUCGUGGCGGGUACUCAGGCGGAGAUGAGCGGGGACGUGGACCAGGAUGAGAUCAUGAUCAUGAAGUGGGAAGGGCUGAGCCGGAUGCGCAAGGAUCCGACUUUGGAAGACGAGGACGAGGAGGAAGAUGAGGAGGAGGAAGACGAGGAUGAAGUGGAGGAGGAGCCGACGCUGUCCUUCAGGACGAUCCCCCACAAAGGCUCCGUCAACCGGGUCAAAGCCCAAUCCUUGCCCACCCCGCUUUCACUCCGCCCGCCACGGCCCCCCGACUCCUACUUUGUUGCCAGCUUUGCGGGGACAGGGAAGGUGCAUAUCUUCGAUAUUGCGCCCCAACUCUAUGCGCUCCAAUGUCCGGCCGAGGCGGCCGAGCAGUCGAUGUCGAAGAAGCCGUUCCACACCAUCAACAGCCACGGUCGCGCCGAAGGCUUCGCGCUCGCAUGGGGCCCGGCCAACAGCAACCAGAGCGGUGGCGCCUCGCUCCGUCUCCUCACCGGUGACGUCCACUCCAAGAUCUACUUGACCACCUCCACCAAGGCCGGCUUCGCAACCAACACCACCCCUUACACCUCCCAUACAUCCUCCGUCGAAGACCUCCAAUGGUCCCCAUCAGAGCCGACCGUCUUUGCUAGUUGCUCCGCCGAUCAGAGUCUCAGGAUCUGGGAUAUUCGUGUUAAGGAACGCAAGAACGUCCUCGGCGUCAGCAACGCACAUCCCGCUGACGUCAACGUCAUCAGCUGGAAUCAAUCCACCUCUUAUUUGAUCGUCUCGGGUGGAGACGAAGGCGGAAUUAAAGUCUGGGAUCUUAGGAAUCUGCAAUCGAAAAACAAACAAGAGAACCGACCGGUAGCCGAUUUCCAAUACCACAAGGCACCCAUCACUUCGGUAGAAUGGAACGUGCUGGAGGACUCAUGUUUUGUGGCGUCAAGUGCGGACGACCAGGUGACGCUGUGGGACCUAUCAGUUGAGGUGGAUGCGGAAGAGAAAAAGUCGGCGGCUAAGGAUAAUACUCAGCAGCCGUUUCCCGACCAGCUCCUCUUUUCCCAUCAGGGCCAGAAAGAAAUUAAGGAGGUCCAUUGGCAUCCCCAGAUCCCUGGCUGUGUCAUCAGUACAGCCCUUGACAGCUUGAACGUGUUCAAGACGAUUUCGAUUUGA